AUGGAAACACCACAGCAGACGAGUGGGUUGGAGACACGGCCAUGGACCAAAGAAGAAGACCAGAAGCUCUUUGAAUGGAAAUCCAUGAUGGCAAGACCAGAGGAGCAGAGACCGCGAUGGACCGAAGAAGAAGACCGGAUGCUCUUUGAAUGUAAAGGCAGAAAUUCGGAUCUACCUUGGCCAGCUAUCGCAAAGCUGGCAGGGCUGAGCAGGAGUGGAAAGAGUUGUAGGGAGAGGUGGAAAAACCACCUGGAUCCUAAGGUCAAGAGAGGGAACUUCUCCCAAGAGGAAGACGAAACCAUCAUCCGCCUCCAUUCAAGUCAUGAGAAUAGCUGGGCAUUUAUAGCAACUCAUCUUCCAGGGCGAACCGAUAAUGCUGUCAAGAACGCUGGAACAACCAUUUGA